UCGUAGCGGGCGGCGUGGACGCGUCCGCGCAGCAGCUUCUUUAGCCCUGGCCCCGCCCCAUCGCCCCGCCCCCCGCGCGGCCUGGGUCUGGUAGGCGGCGGGGUCCGCUCAGCGCGGCCACGAUGGAGCUGCACAUUCUAGAGCACCGGGUACGGGUGCUGAGCCUCGCCCGCCCUGGCCUUUGGCUCUACACGCACCCACUCAUCAAGCUGCUCUUCCUGCCCUGCCGCAGUCGGUGCAAGUUCUUCAGUCUGACGGAGACCCCCGAAGAUUACACGCUCAUGGUGGACGAAGAGGGCUUCAAAGAGCUGCCCUCCUCUGAGUUUCUGCAAGUGGCUGAGGCCACGUGGCUGGUGCUUAGCGUCUCGUCUCACAGCGGCACGGCCACAGCGGUGCAAGCCACUGGGGUCACCAAGAUCGCCCGUUCGGUCAUAACGCCACUGGCCGAACACCAUGUAUCGGUGCUAAUGCUGUCCACUUACCAGACAGACUUCAUCCUGGUGCGGGAACAGGACCUGUCUGUGGUGAUCCACACGUUGGCCCAGGAGUUCGACAUUUACCGUGAGGUGGGCGGGGAGCCUAUGCCUGUUUCCAGGGAUGAGUCCAGCAACGGCUUUACCCGUGUCCAGCAUGGGCCCAGCCCCACGGUGCAUCCCAUCCAGAGUCCCCAGAAUCGCUUCUGUGUCCUCACCCUGGACCCUGAGACGCUGCCAGGAAUCGCCACCACGCUCAUAGACGUCCUGUUCUACUCGCAUAGUGUUCCCAAGGAGGCAGCCCAUGGUGGUCCCGAACCCAAUUCUAUCCCAUUUUUUGCCUUCUCCCUCAUUGAGGGCUACAUCUCUAUCGUCAUGGAUGCUGAGACACAGAAAAAGUUCCCUAGCAACCUGCUGUUGACCAGCUCCUCAGGGGAGCUGUGGAGGAUGGUGCGCAUCGGUGGACAGCCUUUGGGCUUUGAUGAGUGUGGGAUCGUGGCACAAAUUGCGGGUCCCCUGGCUGCAGCUGACAUCUCUGCCUAUUACAUCAGCACCUUCAACUUUGACCAUGCUCUGGUACCUGAGGAUGGGAUCGGGAACGUCAUCGAAUUGCUCCAGCGACGACAGGAGACCCUGGGCUCCUGAACCCCAUGGG